AUGUCAUUCAGCGACUCCGCCUACAGGAUGGAGACAAUGAGUCACUGGCCCUAUCCGAUCAUUCCGGAUACCUCGAGCCCGCUCCUUGCCAUAGCUAGUCGCUUUGUGCAUGUCUGCCUCCUGUUGGCAUACUUCAUCGUCCGAACCAGACACAGCCUGGUCACGCGCAGUUCCCAGUCCCUUAUGUUUCCCGCGCACAAGCGACCUUUUACUGUACCCGAUGCAAGGGUACCCGGCAUACCAACUCCUCAUGGCCCACAUUCAACAUUUCAGCUUCAAGUAAUGCUUUAUUGCGAGCACCUUUUGCACCGUUUACAAUUCUCGCCAAUGCAUCAUACAAUAGUCUUUUGCUGGGCAACCCCACCUCACAACAGCAGUCUUGCACACUUACGGCAGGCUGGCCAGGUAGUAACUGUACCUUCGGGAAAGCUGCUGCAUAGUUCUACCAACUUGUGUACGCAAAAGACCAGUCAAGCCUUUCGGACAGAACAUGGAGCCUAA